AUGCCCGCCUCCGUUGGGUUGUGCGCGGUCCGCCGCGUCGGGCUCGGCGUCGGCCGUCUGGCCCCGCUCGCCCGGCCAGGACUCGCCGCGUUCAACUGCCGCGCGCCUUCUCUUCCUCCUCGGUGUCUGAACCUGAACCGCGCGUUUUCGGUCUCUUCCUUCCUGCGCUCUGCCCCUUCGCCGGCACCCCCGACACCCUCUACGCCGCCACCGCCCCCAGAGAAGGAGAAGAAGGAGGAGACGGAGCUGCACGAGUCGCCCUAUACGCUGCCGAACGCGCUGACGGUUGCGCGUAUCAUCGCCUGCCCCUUCCUCGGGUGGGCGAUCGUGAAGGGCGACUUUGCGGCUGCGACAGGAAUUCUUGCCGCGAGUGGAUUUACAGACUGGCUUGACGGCUACCUCGCACGCAAGUGGAACCAGAAGUCUGUCCUCGGAUCCAUCAUCGACCCGAUGGCCGACAAAAUGCUCAUGACGACGCUCGUCGUUGCCCUGACGUAUGAGGGUCUCUUGCCUCUCCCUCUCGCCGGUCUUAUCUUCGGUCGCGACCUGGCCCUGUCUCUCUGGGCGUUCUACCUCCGGUACAAAUCCCUUCCCCCGCCCAAGACCUGGGCGCGGUACUGGGACCCGUCGAUGCCUAGUGCCGAGGUCCGCCCCACGCAGAUCAGCAAGGUGAACACAGCGCUGCAGCUGCUGCUCAUGGGCGUGACGACUGUCUCGCCGCUACUGCACACCGACAUCAGCACGGGUCUGCAGGCCCUGCAGCUCAUAGUCGCGACAACGACAAUCUGGAGUGGUCUCAGCUACGUCGGCAACUCGGGCUUCAAGAUUCUGAAGCAGCCGCUGAAGAAGAACAAGUAA